UGAGAGAAAAAGAGGGAAAGAGAGGGAGUGGGUAGGUUGGCGGCCGGCAGCGUCGCGAUCCCGGAUCCACCUCCUCGGCGCCUCACCAGGAAGUUCUCGUCCUGCCUGCGGGAAAGCUGGAUUAAAAGUUCUGCAAACUUUUGCAGCUCCUUAUCCUCUGCAUUUGUUUUCUACCUAACGAGGGGGCAGGGAAUGUUUUUCUCCCUGGGAGGAAUACGCUCCCGGCCGAGCCAGAACUGAACCCAGAGUGUGGACAUGGCCUCAAAACUGUUGCACCGGUUCCGGAAGAAAGUUGACAGACACAACGUCGAAACGGUGGAAGAUCUUCCUGAGAGAUCGGAACUGUACGAUGACAUGGACGGGUUGUCGGCGCGCCUUAGUGGGACCCUGAGUUUUGGAGAGACGGAUGUUGCAGAAAAGGACUGGGCCCAAGCAGAUGGUGUGGACGGCGACCCUGAGUUUGUAUGCAGCGUUGAGAGUGAUGAGCUUGAAAGGACGGGAAAUCCCUUGGGUGAACUUAAACAAUGCAAUAUGCUUACAAAGCAGCUUCAGGAAAGUUGGAAGAAGCCCAGAGUGAAGUUUAUUGAAGAGAAGCUAACAUUUGAGGUCACGAGUGCCAACGUCAUCCAGGACUCGUCUUCCAAAUACGUGGCUUACACCAUACAAGUAAUAAGGUUUGGAAGUUUGGACGAAGACAAAGCACUGAUUAUUCGGCGUUACACUGAUUUUGCAAAAUUGAAUGAAACACUCCACAAGAACUUCAGGGAGGAUAUGGGCAAGGUGGUCUUUCCAAAGAAAAGAAUCCGGAAAAACUACACACAUGAAACCAUUGCAAAACGCAGUCGGGCUUUCGAACAGUAUCUCCAGCAUAUCCACUCAUUUUCGGACAUUCGCAGGUCCAAAAUAUUUUUGGAAUUUUUUUACCUUCGAGAUUUAACGGUGGGUCAAAGAUUAUUACAGGGGGGUAUGCGUGAGAAUGCUAUGGAGACAUUAAUCAAUGCUCUUCACUUGCAGCAGAAGUUGUGCUCCUAUGAUGCAAGCCAUUUACUUUUCACCCUAACUUCUAUUUCUGUGUGUUACCAAGAACAAGAUCAACUAGAAGAGGCCCAAGCUUACUGCGGGCGGGCCUUGCAGACUAUAGAAAACCAGGAAUAUCAUCCUUUACUCGUGCCUUUACUUCAAGCCAACAUCAGGCUCUCAUGGAAAGUAGCUAAAGACAAACGCCAAUCUGAAGCAAGACUCCAGCAAGUCCAGGAGACAGGAGUCGAUAUUUUAAACCAACCUAGUCUCAAAGAACACCUUAUUAAAUAUUUUUUGGAAUGAAUUAUAUACAGCUCCAUAAUGCAACAGGAAAAAAGAUAAACAAAAUAAACACCUACAUUUAUAUGGUACACAAAAAUGCCGGAGAAA